AUUGAGGAAGCCGUGUUUCGAGGGAAGAAUUUGAUCCGAAUCCUACCUCAAGCUGAUGCAAGCUGUCAGUCUUCUGUGCAGAGAGUAUCAUACGUGUGAAGAAGAUGACAGACUGUCAGGGUGACGGCGAAGGAGCGAAUAGUCCAAUGGAGCUGUAUGAAAAACUGAACGCUCAAGGAGAUAAAGUCAGAGUCUUGAACACGGCUAAAGCUGAGAGAGCUGAAAUUGAUGCUGCUGUCCAGUUGCUGCUGAAGUUGAAAGUGGACUACAAACAGAUGACAGGUCAGGAUUACAAAGCAGGAAGUCCCCCCUCAGAAAACUCUGUUGUCCCCGACAAUGGGCCAGCAGCAGAUGAUGCAAAUGAUGAAGACACAGUUGACCCAUGGAACGUUUCCACCACCAGUGCCAAGGGGGUAGACUACGACAAACUCAUAGUGAGGUUUGGCAGCAGUAAAAUCGAAAAGGAGCUGGUGGACAGAAUAGAAAAAGUCUCGGGGCAGAAACCUCACCGCUUUCUGAGAAGAGGAAUCUUCUUUUCACACAGAGAUAUGCAUCAGGUGCUUGAUGCGUGUGAGAAGCAAAAGUCCUUCUACCUUUACACUGGCAGAGGUCCGUCCUCUGAAGCCAUGCACGUUGGUCACCUCAUCCCCUUCAUCUUCACCAAGUGGCUUCAGGAUGUAUUUGACAUCCCCCUGGUGAUCCAGCUGACUGAUGAUGAAAAGUAUCUGUGGAAGGAUCUAACAAUAGAAGACUGCCACCAUUUCGCUGUGGAAAAUGCCAAGGACAUCAUCGCGUGUGGUUUUGAUGUCAACAAGACUUUCAUUUUCUCUGACCUUGACUACAUGGGAGCAUCUCCUGAAUUCUACAGGAAUGUGGUUAAGAUCCAGAAGCAUGUCACAUUUAACCAGGUCAAAGGCAUCUUUGGCUUCACAGACAGUGACUGCAUUGGAAAGAUCAGCUUCCCAGCCAUCCAGGCAGCUCCGUCCUUCAGUAACUCUUUUCCACAGAUCUUUGGAGGCAGGAAGGACAUACAGUGUCUGAUCCCCUGCGCCAUAGACCAGGACCCUUACUUCAGGAUGACCCGUGAUGUAGCUCCAAGGAUCGGCUAUCCCAAACCAGCACUGCUGCACUCCACCUUCUUCCCCGCCUUGCAGGGGGCGCAGACCAAGAUGAGCGCCAGUGACGCCAACUCCUCCAUCUUCCUCACGGACACACCCAAACAGAUCAAAAACAAGGUCAACAAACACGCAUUUUCGGGGGGGAAAGACACAGUAGAAGAGCACAGGAAGUACGGUGGAAACCCAGACGUAGACGUCUCCUUCAUGUACUUGACCUUCUUCCUGGAGGACGAUGAGCAGCUGGAGAAGAUCAGACAGGACUAUUCAUGUGGAGCUCUGCUAACAGGAGAAUUGAAGAAGAUUUUGAUUGAGACUCUGCAGCCGAUGAUCGCUCAGCAUCAAGAGAGACGCAAACAAGUUACAGAUGAGACAGUAAAGCAGUUCAUGACUCCAAGACCUUUGAAUUUUAAGUUGUAGUCUGCUCGAGCUUCUGAGAUGUCAGGGGUCAUUAUGUUGUUAAUCUCAAUACAAGAUCAAGAUCAAUGCAUCUAUCUUUUUUCCAUCUAAAAGCAAUGUAAUUUCAUUACAUAUUACAUUGUCUCAUACAGUUUGCAUCAGAACUGGAGAAAAAUGUAAAAAAAAAGUAUAAAUGUUAAUUACUGGAGAUUAUGUGCUUCUCUGUGUCAAAACUAAGCAUGGCAUUGCCCACGUCUUCACGCCACUUGUCAUGCUACUUGUUAAAUGUACAUGCUUUUCUUCAUGAAGUGUUUGCAGCGCUGCAAAAUCGGUUCAGGAGUGAAAGAAGAUUCAAGUGGAGUACAGUGCAUAUUGUGGCAAAAUCUGCGCAGUGACCAACAGUAACACAGCUACACACCCACUUUACAGAAUGUUGGUUAAAAGGUCUUAUUUUACUUUAGGAAAAAAGCCUUCAGAACAAUAAUUGUUAUUUUGUGAUUAUCAAAACAGGUGUGUUGUAUAUGGUGUGAAGAGAGAGGCAUAAUAUGAUGAGAUAUAUUAUGAUACGUUAAUCUCUUCAGAGUUGGAGCACAUACCAUUAAGUCUUCAUCUGGCUUCGUUAAGGAAAUUAAAGCAAAUGUAAUUGUGAGGAGAUUUGAAUCAGCUUUUUCUCUAAGCAUGGUUUAAAUCAAGAGGUUUCAUUCAACUUAUGCCCAGACUAAAAAUAAAACUGUACUUCAACAACAAAA